GCCAGUUUGCCUACCGCUCUAAGCUCACCAUCUGGAAUCCAGUCUCACCAGUGCCACUUCCGCCUGUUUUCAUUUCCAGCUCGUCUGUCGACAUCAAGAAGCGGGCUCUCGUUCGUCCGAAGUAACUGGUCUAGUGCCUCGCACUCGUCUCGUCUUAUGGUUUUGCUCCUUCAGUCGAGUCAGUAGCAUCCCGCCAUCGCCACCAUGGCCGAACUUGGCAGCGCCUAUGCGGAUGCCGGGGUCAUAUCUGAUUUGGAUCAGUUAUGCGAUGAAGAGGAAGACCUGGACUCUUCUGUUAGUACUGCCUCGGCGGGCGAGGAGUUCCAAACAGAGGUGGUUCAAUCACAUUCAGAAGAGGCCGCGGUGUCGCAACCUCAUCCAGAUGGACCCACUGUGCCCAUGAAGGAAUCACCACCCUCAAAGGCCUUUGUUGAAAAGAGAUCGCUUUCUAUGACGUCCGCAACGGGCCGCGAUGCGACGAUUGUCCAAGAGACUAAGGGACCAGCAAGGCGUCUAAAUCUCCUAGAUCUUCCUGUGGAUCUCCUGCAAGACAUCAUCAAAGAGGUUACGCAUACGAAUGACCUGACAUCUCUGGCCCUUACCUGUUCCGCACUCCAUUCCCUUGCAGUUCCCCAAAUGUACUCUCGAUUCGAUAUCGUCUGGCCAGAUGCCUUCCCACAAUCUGAUCACCCAGGGGGAGUAGAUGCUCUUUCUUAUGGCCUGGCAACACUGGUAAUGGGAGAAGACAUAUUUCGUGAAGUUCCUACUACGAAUGCAGCACAGCGGUGUGCCCACUGCGAGUGCAACCGCCAACAAUCGCAGAAUCGGCAGGCCAGUGGGCGAAUUCGACGUGGUAACUAUUUUGCACAGUAUACACGAAAGUUUUCGGUUGGAAACGGGCCGUCAGAUUGGGUCCAAGAAUAUUCGGUUACUAAAGAGACGGGAAAGAUGCUCGGAACACUCGUUGCUUUGGCCGUGGCUCGGAUGGUCAAUCUGGAGACUUUUAUUUGGGACAUGCCCACUGGCGUUGUUAGAGACGUAUGGAUUGCGCUUUCAUCGCUAGCAGACCGACCGGGACAUGAGUGUCGUUUGGAGAACGUUUGGAUACGGUGGCACGAUAACUCCGAGAAUGCGGUUCGCUCUUUAUCAGGAGUGCCCACUGCGUCUUCAUUAACUCUGCCUGAGACCCAAAAUAUCCUGGCUCCGCCGCCUGCUAGCACGUCUCUUUUCAGGAGAUAUGGGCAUGUAGAGUAUCCCUCCCUCUCGAUACUACCCCCUCUGAAAAGCUUGAGCGUCCUUGAUAUAGACGAGCCGUCAUACUUAGAGGAAAUGGCUGUACUCAUCAGACGCUCCCGUGAUAGACUUAGGGAGCUGCGUAUCGGCAUCUCCUCGAAAGUUUAUCAGGCCUCGUGGUUAAAACCACAAGGAGCCUCGCAUGUUGAGCAAACACCUUCCAAUCUCGUGUCCGGGUGGCCAAGGGCUGGUGGAGUUCUUGGGGCGAUUUUGGGCUGGCCCAGUCGCCAUGCAAACGAAUCCUCUUUCCAACAAGAAGAUCCCGUUAAAGGAGACAUUGGUGACAUUACUGUAGUAAUGGACGCAGUUACCUCAGUUGAUAGUCCCAUUGAAGUUCUCUCUCCUCAAACUCUCAAUACGACGUCGACUCAAGAUGUGGCCGAGGCACAGGAUAUUGCCGAUGCAGGGAAUAGUCCGCCUAUUAGCUCUCAUGAAACGCAACAAGUACAGGUUCUUGGGUCCAAAGCUCCGCGAGAGUCUUUGAGGAAGCCUUCAAAAACGAUUUAUUCAUUCACCUCUGGUUCAGACCAAGAACUGCUGAAGUUGGAGGUCCUGGAACUGGAGCGUAUCCCUAUCUCUGCAGCAGUCUUACUAGACACAAUCGAUUGGACCCGAGUUACCACCCUUACCAUUCUUCGCUGCGAAGGCCACGAAAAGUUGUGGAGAAGCCUUCGUCGUCGGUUCUCUCCUUCAGCGGCACCGCACACUAGUACAAGACAUGGUAGAAGCGAGGAAGAUAGGGCCCAGCCUGAAUACGCCUUGAGAAUCAAGCACAUCCAUACGGAUGCCGUCUCGCCAUAUCUCUUGCUUUUCAUCAAAGAUACUCUUCAGCCUAACACCCUGGAGACCGUAUUUCUUCAUGGAUCUCCCCUUCAUGACUCUGCCGUUCACAUUGAGGGGAUAUAUCGGAAUGUGAUACGGACACAUAGGUCGAGCUUGAGGAAACUUUUAGUAGAUAGUACCGAACGGUCUCCAGCAGGAGUGGAGAUCGUGAACUCGCGAUGGCAAAAAUGGAUGUUCACUCGCGAGGUCAUCACUUUUAUAACAAGCGGGCGAAUGCCUAAGCUGAAGGAGCUCUCUAUGACCAUAGACUCUAAAGACUGGCAUUACUUCCUGCAAAGACUACCUAACAUUCCUCAACUUCGUGCCCUCCACAUCUCUCAUAUUGUCCGUCCCUUACACCUCGACCUGAAAGAGCUCGCCAUGCAGGUCCUUGACAUAGUAACACUGCGGCCAGAAAUCAGCAUCAGCUAUUUAGGCAUGCAGAGCAAAUGCUAUGAGAUCCUUGAAGGCAAGGGCAAUGAGUACGAUCUGGCCGAAACAGACGACAUUCACAGUGAGGGCUUUGUCCCAGGUGCCGAGAAUUGGGCCGGGUCCGACACGAACGAGGAAGGGUCUGAUGAAGACGACGAAGGAGCGACGAUGGAUUCGCAAUCCGACUUAUCCUCGGAGGAUCAUAGAUCGCUGGAUGAUGAUGAUGCUUCCGACUAUGAUUAUGGUCGACCGCGCGUGUCUUUUGGCUUGCGUGAGAUUCUGUUCUAUGAUGACAAAAUUGCUAUCUUCAAAGCCCGGCAUGGCGUUCUAUGAUCCCGGUUUUCUGAAUCUAUGUGCGCGAAGCGAGUGUUGAUAUUUGUCUUUCUUGUUGGCUGCAAGAUACCACGGAGCGACCUCCCAGCAGUAUUGACUGGAACUUGUGUAUUUACAUCAAUUUGAGCAUUAUU